UGUGCGGAAGAAGACGAGCGACGCCCGUAGCGCUUUUCGGCUUUAUCUCGCACUAGGAAGGGAGGCCGCUGCGGAAGCCGCCAGCAUGAAUGUUGGAGUAGCUCAUAGUGAGGUGAAUCCCAAUACACGAGUGAUGAACAGCCGAGGCAUUUGGCUGGCCUACUGCAUCUCGGUGGUUAUCCUCCACAUCAUCCUUCUCAGCAUCCCCUUCUUUAGUGUCCCUGUGGUCUGGACACUGACCAACGUUAUCCAUAACCUGGCAAUGUAUUGGCUCCUGCACACAGUGAAAGGGACCCCAUUUGAAACGCCUGACCAGGGCAAGGAUCGCCUCCUCACACACUGGGAGCAGAUUGACUAUGGGACACAAUGGACCUCCUCCCGCAAGUUCCUAAGCAUCUCACCAAUUGUGCUCUACAUCUUAACCAGCUUUUAUACCAAAUAUGACCCUGUGCACUUCAUAAUCAACACCACCUCCUUAUCGAGCGUCCUCUUGCCCAAGCUGCCCCAGUUCCAUGGAGUCCGCAUCUUUGGCAUCAACAAAUACUGAAACAACCAGAAUCGUGGCACUGCUGAGACUUUUUUCUGCCAAAGAAGAACAGCUCCUAGCUCCAAGGUCCUUGUGCCAUGAACACACCAUCUGAAACUCUAUAGAACCAUGUCUGACUGAGUGGGGCAGGGAUGGCUGUAGCUGCCCACAGAACUGAGGUCAGUUCUUGGAAGGAGAUUUAAGCCAUUCUCCUUGUGGGUAAUCUGCACUUGGGCUGGCACCUUUUCUGGUGGUCUGAAAAGAUAAUUGAGCGCUCAGAUGGACAUGAAGGCUCCAGAUCUUCUUGAUACCUCUGCUUGGGAUAUUUGUAAUCUGGGAUCAGCUUCUGAGAGGGAUCCAUUCUGUGUAAACAUUUUUCUGUUUUUAGAUAUUCCUACUUCAAACAAGUUUGUAUUGCUUUUGUGUUUGUUUAAGGUGAGAGAGCCUCUGAAAGACCUCUUAGGAAAGUGAACUGUCACAAUGGGUUUUGCUCCUAAGCAGCGCAAAUAUAUGUCAGCUACACUCCUUAAAUUCUCAUUUGUUAAGAAUAGGCCAGCUUUGAAAAUAACGUUGUUCAUACCAGCAUAGAACUUAGCUUCUGUAUUUUUCAAAUGAUCCUGGUUACAGCGGGAAAAUGUAAAAUCACGUUAAUGUUGGAAGACUCAAAUUAUUAAAAUAGAGCGUUCAUCAGUG